AUGUUAGGAUCUACGAUAAUUAAAUCCCUUAUUGGAAACUUAUUAGAAAAGUUGGGAUCUGAUUUGCUAGGAACUUGGAAUCUGGCUGAAAAUAUUGAAAUUAAUAGCUUCUCUCCUUUGGAUAUUGAGCUUAAAAACCUUCCAAUACCUCAGAUAAUAUUUGAGCUUGCAGAUCUUCCAUUUAUCAUUGUUUACAGUAAUAUCAGACUGGUUAAAGUUUUUUUAAGGACAGAUCAGAUGCCUAGUGAAGAAAAUCCUUUGAAUAUUGAAGCUUGGGAUGUGGAUCUACAAAUUAGAUUAGCAAGCUUGGAUGAAUGGGAUUCCAAAAAAUGGUGCAAAAGGUUACUUAAAUCAAAGAGAAAGAAAAUCUUAAGAUGGUAUAAGUACGUCUCUCCUUGGUCUACUAAUAAGGUUGCAAAUCAAAUUUCUCAAUCCUUAGAGACCAGUAUAGUUAACUCUCUAAAUAUCAAGCUGCAUAAUAUUCACUGUAUGCUGAUAGAUGAUCAUUUGGGUCCUAACCCUUUUGUAAUUGAGAUAGUUAGUGAUUCCUUCUUUAUUGAUUCAGUAAAUGAUUCAAAAGUAUUAUCACAAGAAGAACUGCAAGGAAAGAAGUCUAAUUUACUUCAGUUUCUUUGGAUUCGAUUUUAUGGUUUUAAGGUUAUUUUCCGUAAAUUUGAUCACCUUUUACUUACUUCGGUACCCAAAAAUGUUGUUACUAAAUUAGUUGAUAUUGAAGGAGAUACAACUACAGCUUUAGGCGAAGAUGAUGAAACAGGUUUUUCAAACUCUAAUCAACAUGAUUCAUCAUCUAAUAAUCAUAAUCAGAGUGGUUUUUUUUCCAAGAUAAAGAGUUUGCUUCCAGUCUUUUUUUCAUCUGAUAAGACUGAAAAGCAAAAAAUUAACUUUAUGAGUAAUUUUCUAUGUAAUUAUGCUAGGCAAGACUCAUCUCAAUUUGAGAUCUUUAGAGAACUUACUGACAUUUCUGUUGGCUCUAAGGAUUAUUCACAGACUGAGUUUCCAAAACACACUCAGAAUGGUAAUAGUAAGUUCAUUAAACUCCCAGAAGAUCCUUGUUCUUGUGUCCAAGUAACUAAAGAUCAAGGCAUAGAAUUACAUAUUCUAUUUAAAAGAUGGGAUAUUAGAGCUUUGAAUGCUCCACAUACAAUGUUCGGAGCUCUUUUUAAAGAUGAGGAACAGUACAAUAAGUAUAUUUCCUCAAGAGAAUGGAAAGCCAGUAAACUUAUAUUCCUACCAAAUUCAGAAAAACACCUGGUAAGACCUCCAUCUGUGGAUGAUUUUCCCGAUGAAACUUUUGAGCUUAAAUGUACUGAGGAUAUCAUUUCUGUACUUUAUAACUUCAUUAACUACUUUAACCAGUGGUCAUCUUUUCUUAAAGCUUCUCAAUAUAUUUACAAUAAUCGUAAGACACAUCAACAACUUGAGAAAUACCUAUCUUUAAUCAUAUCAUACAAUAAAGGUUCAAAGGGAAAUGCUGGUCCUAAAAAUAUUCCCAAAAAUCUUCUCUCGGAAAUUGAGACUGAGAUUUCUAUUAGGGAUGUGAUAGCUUUGAAUAUGUCAGCAAAUGAAUUCCUGAAAGAAAGUUACUCUUCAAAAGGAAAUGAAUUUUGGGGAUCUUUAAAUAAAAAUUACAAUAUUGAUCCGAAAGUUCUGCACGAUUUUGUGGUUGAAAAAGUAUUGUUAAAUAAAAUUCAAGAUCAUGAUCAAGAAAAGGGUACCCAAGAUCAUAAAAAUUGGAUACCAGAAUCAAAACACGUAGAUUCAAUGAAAUUCUCAACAUUUAAUAAAUGGUUUUCAAGUGAAGGAAAACUACAUGUUAAUAUUCCCAAAGCAAGAAUAUCUGUCAUAAUGAGUGAUGUAUCAUCUAUUUCUUCAAAAAUAACACCGGUACCGGAUUGGAUGAGACCAUUAUUAUUUACAAAAACAUCAAAUGAAAGUUUAGUUGGAAAGAUUUCCGGAUUAGUUAUGGAGUUUGAUUUGAAUAUGAUAUCUGACAAGAUUUCAUUUUAUCACAGACAAACUUUGAUUGAUAUUUUUAGAUUUGAAAUUUUUGAGAAUGAAUUUGGAUUAGUUUGUGGUUUAAUAAAGAAAUGCAAACCCGGUCUAGAAAAUUCCAAUAGCAAUAGUAUAUCUUUGAUGAAGAUUCCAUCACACACAAUUAAGAUCUUUCCAAUAACAUUCCUACCAAGUAUAAGAGUUCUUGAGAUUGGAGUUAGAGAGAAAUCUUUCUCUAAAAUGAGUCACAAUAAUAGUAGAAUUGGAAAUGAAAAUGAUCACAGUUAUGGGAAUUCUAUGGAAACUUUUGCCAACAAAAGAUUUAAAGAGGUGACUAAAAUAAGUAAACUCAAACUAGUAGACUUGGAUUACAAGGAAAUAUCAUUAAAUGAAAAGAAGAAUCAUGAAAAGAUGCAGGUUAGAGCUGGAUUACACAUUCAAAUCCACCAACUCUUUGGAUGUACAGUAUUUAAAGAUAACAAAAAACAAGAUUUCACGCAAAUUCCAGGAUUUUCUACAGAUUUAGAUUAUUAUAUUAUUUGGGAUGAAUACUUACCUCAUUUUAAUUUAACUACUUUGAAAAUCUCUGACUUUAAUUUACAUGAUCUAAAGAGUAUUUGGAAAAUAGGUAACCUUAUACCUAAUGUAACUUCUAACAUUAACUCAAUCAUUUCUAGAUCUCAAAAAGAAGAAGAAAUUACACUGGUAAAGUCUUUAAUGGCAAUGAUGAAUCUCUCAUCUAAAGAUAAUAUGAUAUUUUCAGUGGAAUUACACCAAAUCAAUAUUUCCUCAAGAUUCCCAAAUACCAUAAAUUCUAUGUCUAGAUAUUCAACCAAGAAUUUAUGCUUGGAUAAACAUCUUCAUGAUACAUUAAGCCAUCCUAAAUGCCUUGGGUGUAAUAUAAGUCCAAAAGGUAGAAGAAAAUCUACUGCAAAUAAUAUUAAGGAAACUCCAGAUUUGGGACUAAUUACAUUCAAGGUUGAAAAUGAUCUAACAAAAUUGAAUGGUGUUGAGGAAAAUGUAGAAAAAAAGGUAACGAGGAUUAUUUCUGAAAUAUUAACAUCUCCUGAAGACUUUCUCCAAUCACUAAAAACAUACAGAGUAAUGGAAAGUAGUCAAUCUAUAUUUAGAGGGGUUACUGGACUUACUUUAAAUAGUAGCUUUGGGAAUCUUGCAAGUUAUGAUUAUGAAGAGGAAGAAAUUAAUCACAUUAGUGAAAGUCUUUUAUAUAAUGAGAUCUUAAGAUAUUUACUUCAAAAUGAAUACUUUAUUGAAGAGAAUGUAUCAUUUACAGGCACUAAAAUUUUGGUUUCAGGAUUAUCCUUUCAAAUAUGGACAUCUACUAGAACUUUAUCUCUUGAAAUUGAGGGAUUAUUUAUAUCAAUGCUAGCAAAUAAUAUCAAAGUAGUAACUCAUGAUUUGAGACGAGACAAAAUUGAUGAUGACGAAAAAUUAAUGAUGACAAUUAAACAAGUAGAUAAUAUUAAAGAAGAUCAACUUAAAUUUAGAAAAGAAAAAGAACAAAUAAUUGAGUUUUUUUCAUUAAAGAAUGUUUCUUUUAACUUAUUUGAUAAUAAGAUGGAUCUAAAUUUGUCAAAAACAUCUUUAAACGUGUUUCCUGCUAUAGUAACUUUAAUUAAUGGUUAUGAACUUUUAAUAUUCCCAAAAAAGUCUCCCUUAUCGGAUAUGAAAAAAGUUUUUGAGAACAUUUUAUCCUUUAAUAAGAAUAAGAUGAAGAAAACCAAUAAUACUAAAGCAGAAUCUGGCUUUUUAGAGUCUUUGAAAAGUUUAAACCUAAAACUUGGAGAGAUUUCCAUUCAAAUAUAUGAUACUGAAUGUCUUCUUUACCAAUUUUGUCUAUUUAAUCUUCGUUUUAAAUAUAUAAGUAAUCUGAAUAACCGUAACAGAGCAAUAAUAGAUUUUUCUUUAGGAGAAAUAUUUAUUCAAUCUAUCAACAAUAUUAUACUUAAAGAUCAAAACAUGGGGUACCAACAGAUCAGAAAAGACUUUUCAGGAAAACAUUUCUUCACUCCAAGCGUGAUAUUUUCUAAAUUAUCUGGCCAUCUUAUACCUACUAGUCAAAUUCAUUCAAAAAAGAACUCAAAAAAUCAUUUUCCUUAUGUAUUAGUUUACCCAGAUGCUUUUAAAAAUAAUGCAAAUAGAUUAGGUACCGAAUUAAAUGCGUCUCAAGAUCCAGUUUUUCACUUGGAAAUUAGAAUCAGGGUAAAAGAAGUAAAUUUAGACGAUGAAGAAAAGGAAAAUAAGGAUUUAAGUUUAGGGAAAAUUGAAUACACUGGUGGUGAAGAUAAGGAUGGUGGAGCAAAUAAAUAUGUGAUUAUAAUGAAUUCAAAGAUUUGUAAUGGUCAUUUCUUCUUCACUGAUGAUGAGAUUAUUAGGUUAAAGUCGGUACUUUAUUUAUACAAGAGGAUUUUUAACAAGUUUAAAGAAGAGAAAAAUAUCCUGUGGAAUUCAGAUUUUGUUUUAGAAAGAGAAUCUCCUCUUGAAGCUUAUAAGCUUGCAAAGCUAAAUGAUACUGAUUGUAGUAAUAAUAUUAACAUAAAUAAUAGUAAACAACCAGAUAAGCAGUUAGUUUCGGAGUCCUCGGAUUUUUGUCAAAAAUGCGGUGGAAUUGACAGUAAUUUAAUGGGAGAGCCGAAAAACAAAGAUGAGUAUUUUGUGGAGUUCAUUUUGUCGUUUGAAAACUUCUAUACCCAUUUAUUGGUUAAUUCUGAUAAACUUUAUAAAAGUAGACUUUUAAAUAAUGAAAUACUAGAGAUACAUAGAGAAGCAGUGGAGUUCUCAAAUGAGAGUCUUACUUUGGUAAGACCAUUAUACUGUUUUAAUGAUCAAAUCUUUGAUUCUAAAAGAUGUAACCCAAGGACUGCUGUAUUAACAGCUGAAUCUAUUGGUUUGAGAUUAAAUUUUUGUAUUCAAACUUCAGUAUUUACCCAGUGUGUAAGCAGAGAUAAACUUUUGGAAUCUAGAUCGGGUUUUAUGAUACCUCAAAUAGAGGAUCAAAAUAGUUGUGUUAGAGAAUGGAAAAUUAAGACAGGAUUUAGGGAAAUGAAUAUUAUGGUUAUUAGAAAUGGUACUUGGGGAAUGUUGGACUUUUCACUAAAAAAGAUGAAUUUAAAGCUUGUUAUUUACUUAAGUAAUAUUUUUGAGUAUAAAAACAAUAAACAAAGCGAGGAUAUUUUAAGGAGAUUAUUUGAAUGUAUAAAACUAAUUCUCAAAAAAAAAGCAACUAGAAUUGUCAAGAUAAAGUUCAAAAUUCGAGACAUAUGUAUUUGGUCAAUAUUGUACGAGAGAAUCAAAAGUAAUGGUAGCUCAAAACAAUCAAAUGGAACAAUUACAACUUCCAGUACUGUAGAUAUGUAUUUAACAAAGACCUCUUCUAGUUUGGAUUAUGUAUGUUUAUCUCCUUUGAAAAACUCACUAUCAGAAUAUUCAUCUUCUAUGUUACCUGAAUAUAUUACUGUUGAUAGGAAAAAACAUUUAAGCAAAGAAUCAAUAGAAGAAGAAUUAUUUCCAAGUUGGGAGUAUGGCCUAAGCUUACCGUUACCGGUACCUUUUAAUCAUCCAGAUUUAUUAUUAAAUUGUAAACCUAAGAUAUUUCCAGUGUUUGGAAAGAGACCAAUAGAAGGAGGGGAUUUUGAGUUAGAAAAUAGGUAUAAAAAAUGUUUCAAAAGUGGUAAGGAGGUUUACAUUAUCCCAAUUAUUACACUUAAGAGUAAUGAAGUAGACUUUGGAAACUCUAUGAAUAGUCCAAUUUCUAUUGAAAUAACAAUUUCACCAACAUUUUUGUCUAUAGUCCCACUUGUCUUCAGACAACUCAUUGAUAUAUCUUUUAUGUAUAGUAAAUUCAAGACUGUUAAUCUUGAUGAGUCCUUACUGGGUUCCAAAAAAAGUGGUAGAUCUUAUCUAAGCUUCAAAGCUAUUCAAGAUCAAAAAACCCUUAAGAGUCAAAGUAUUUUUUUGAAUACUCAAAAAACACAGGAGGAACCAAAAAAUGAAGAUACAGUUACUAAUAUAUUGAAAUCUUUUAAGAAUAUUCCAUUUGCCUCUCUUGAGAUUAAGUCCAAGUUCAAUACAAUGGUUAUUAUCUUUCCAGAAUUUAAUGAUCUUGAAAUGUCUGAUAGCAUUUCUUCUAGAUAUUUUGAAUCAUAUUCAAUGAAAAUUGGUCAAUUUAAAGAAGGUAUGGAUUUUCUUUUGGGUUCAAAAGCAGAAGAAAGUUCAGAAAAGAAGUCAGAAAACUCCAUUAAAAGUAAUUCUAAUAUUAAGAAUGAUGAUUACUAUAUUUCAGUAUUUUCAAACUCUUACCAUCCAGCUAUAGCUUUUAGUCAUAACCUUAACUUUUUGUUUGCAUUAGAUACUGAAGAGGGAGAAGAGAGUUUGGAUCAUGAAUCAUUAAAAAUUAGUCUGGAAUUCUCCCAACUGAGAGUUCAGCUUCCAUUUGUUAAGAAUAUUGGAGGUAACUAUGUUAUGGAUGGGAUGUCAGGACGUAUUAGGAGUAAGGACUAUUUUAAGAUCGGUUCAGAAGAUAACAUAGAAGGUAGGGAUCCAAUUUUGGAUAUAUUUAUUCCUUCUGUGACCUCUUGUUUUGUUUUGUCUCGAAAUAUCCAAAUUGAAAAAGACACAGAUUUUCAACCAUCAGAUACUUAUGGGAUGUUGUUUGGUAUGAUAAAUAUACCAAUAGUAUUUGCAAUAGAUGGUGCGAGAAUUCCAGUUAUGGAUGAUACAUUUAUUUUAAGAAAAUAUGCUUUGAGAAAGAAUGGAGGAGAAAAUAACUUAAGUCUUUUAGUUAAGGAUAGAGAACAAGUUCAGGAAGAAGGGAUGGAGCUUAAAGGUGACUUAAAUAGUGAAGAAGAUUCCUGUUUUGCAAAUUGUAUGAUGAAUAGACCUGAGCUUCUUGGAAUUAUAAUAAAUGCAUUAGGAGAUCAUUAUCUACAAAUACAGGCUAAUAUGAACAAUUUUAGAUUUAUAUUUAGUCUGACUACUUUUUCAGUUUCUGCUCCUUAUAUACAAAGGAUUAAAAGUUGGUGGAAUGAUAUUUGGUUAAUUAGGAUGAGAUAUCCAAGAUGUAAAGGAUCUACAAUGAGAUACUUUUUUGUAGAUACUAGAAGUGACACAAUUAACAUUUCUAGCUUUGGUUUAACAGUUAAGAAUAACAAAUUAGAUUAUUUACAGGAAGAUCUUGAUCAGGAAAGUUUAGAUCAUGAAAAUAAUGUUGAAGAUAAGGAAUUUAAGUGGAGAUAUAUCAAAGGUACAAAUGAAAUUUACAAUAUAAAUAGGUUUGAUUACUCCAAUUAUGAGAUUACAAGUCCUUUAUUUUUCCCUCUAGAUGAGUCUAUCCCUAUUGUUUUAGCACUUCCAGUUACUGCUUGGCUCGAAGAUAAUGUUAGACCUUGGAAUUCCCUUGAAUUUAGGGCUCAAGAUAAUUCAGUUAUCCAAUUUGAUGAUAGGCUUAAAAGCUUUAAUUUGGGUAUCCUUCAGGAAGAAAGGAAAAAUCUUUUAUCUAAAUCAAAAUCUUUUGUCAAGGGGAAUUCUUCUAUUUCUUCAGUUCAUGAUCUAGUUCAAGAUCAUCUUGAUUUAUCUCAAAAUAUAACCAAUCAUAUUUCUGACACAAAAUUUCAGAGCGUGUUAAAGUUGGAUCCGUUUUUGGUUUGCCAAUGUAUGCAGGAAAAUAACUCAUCUCAGAUGAGAUCCAAUCAUUCUGAAUCAAAUAUGGUGCAUAACGACUUAGCCGAAUUCAAUUCUGAUGAGGAUAACCUAGCUAGAUUAGAUUAUAGAUUUUCUGUAAAUAUGAUGGAGGUAGUAGGAGCAGGGGGAAGAAGAAGAAGAAGUAUGAAUAGCGAAGAUAUUCAGCUUCUACACCAUGAUGGUUCCUUUGAAUACUUUAAUUCAGCAUAUCCAAACAAGAUCUCUAAGUCUCAAAGGAAAGGAGGUGGUUUGUUUAAUGGGUGGAACACUUUCAAACAAAGACUUUCCUCAAACUCUUCAGUAGGGCUAUUACCAAAAGAAGAUCUUAAUUUUGAUCAAUUUGAGUUUAAUAACAAUUAUGAGAAUUCUAGAGCAAUUAGAGGUAGACAAAGUACAAGUUUGAAUAGUCAUCUUUCUCACUCUUCAAAAAGGAGGAGUUUUAGUUUGUUUAAAAGAAGGUCUUCCAAUGAAGUAAGAAAUAACAGCCAAAAUGGUUAUCAUCCAAACUUGUCCCCAAUUAAUGAGAAUAAUCCUCAUCAUAACAAUUCAAAAAACGAUCUAAGAUCUGGUAAAGAUCUUAAACAAAAUAUUGGUAUUGAGGAAGAGAAGAUCUUUAAGUUUCAAAUAUCACUGAGUAAUUUGGAGAUCUGGUUUCACAGAGAUAAUACAAAGGAGAAUAUGAGUGUAAUUAGUAGGGAAAAUUUGACUAAGGAUGAGAUUGAGCAACUUACUUUAGAGGAGGUAGCUGUGGAUUGGAUGUCUAAAGCCGUAUACUGUGUUCCAGCCUCAAAAAGUAAGAGGGAAAAGAAACAAAAUAAAGAUGUUUUCAAGAUCCAAAUUUUGGACCACCAUGAAAGAGAGGUGGGAAAUGCUGAUCCUACAUUCAAUAGCCAUGAUUACAAACCUGAGGGUGAAGAAGAAGAAGAAGAAGAAGAGGAAGAAGAAGAAGAGGAGGAGGAAGAGGAGGAGGAGGAAGAAGAAGAAUUCAUAGAGAAUGAGCAGAAUUUUGACAAAGUCUAUGACGAAUUUGAAGACGUGUACGAAGCUGGAGAGGAGAGUCUAGUUGUUAAAGUCAAAAGGCCUGGAGAAAAUGAAAACAAUCAAGUAAAAUCUGAUCUUCCCAUAAAAAACAAAGAAGUUCACUUUUUCGACCUAGAAGAGGAGGGAGAUGAAAUUAAAAGCAAAAAAAAGAGACGGUUCCGUCUGAAUGGAAAGGAUCAUGGGGAAAGUUUAAGAUCAAGAAAGUUGUUUACAAAUUCCUAUGAGAUCUUUGCCUUCAGGAAAAGUAUAUCAACUUACGACCAAGCAGAUUAUGAUUACAUUAUUAAAUCAAAUAGGUAUGGAAAACGUCAAGAACUUGCUGUACAUCGGUAUCUUAAACUCUCCUAUUCCAAUUACUAUAUACCUUCCAUUGGAAUAGAUAAUAAAUUAAUUAAAGCUGUUGAAUCAGAACCGAGACAAGAAUUUGGAUCAGGAUCAGAACCUAAACGACGCCAAGAAGCUUUAAGAUACAAAAUUAGAAGACAAGAUAUGGGAAUAAGAGGAUCUGGAAAAAAGGAAAGCCAGUUUAUGAGUGGAACAGCAUUCUCAAUUCUACUUAGUUUUGAAAUUAACACAGAGAUGAUGAAUGAAACUUUUCAACUUUCUGGUGAAUGUAAUGAGAUGAGAAUCUUACCAGGAUUCCCUGUCAAAAUAAAAGAGGAAACCUUAGUACAGUUUGGAGUCUUACCUGAUAUAUCUGGAGACAAAAAAGAUCUUAAAAAAAAUUGUCUUUGUAAUUAUUGCAGAAUUACUUCUUUAAGAAGAUACCUAUAUUUACAUACUUUGAAUGGAAGAAAUAUAUAUUUAGGCUUAUCAAAAACGGUACCGAAUUAUAUUAAAAAAGAUUUUCUCUUAUUUAUUAACCAUUUAAAGAUCUUCUCAUCUCCAAAUGGAAUCAAAAAAUCAAAUAUUUCAAAACAUUGGACGAGUUACCAAACUGAGAUAGAAAUUGUAAUAGAUGAAGUCACUAUUUCAAUUUCUAUGGAUAUUUUACAAGAAAUCAAACUAUUUAUUAAUUAUUAUAAUGAUAUCAAAGAUUCAAUACUUUACUAUUCUUUAGCUUAUUCUAAAAGUGGUAAAUCAUACAUAACUCCUGAAGCUAUUUUAAAUCCUUACUUAAUCCAACAGCUCUCUUCUUUAAACAGAAUUGAAGAUCAGGUAAAUACCACAUAUUGUAGAAGAUCUAUUUUGAAUCAGGUAUUACCUACUAUAACAAGUAUAAAUAGGUUAGGAUCUAACUUGAAAAGUUCUUAUAAAGAUGGAGAGAAUGAUAUUAGUGAUGAAAAAGAUACAUAUAUAGAAUCUAGAGAUGUAAGUUCUGAUGAGUUUUCAGUAUCAUCCUCCCAAUCCUCAAAAUCAUCUAGAUCUUCAAAUUCUAUGCAAGAAAACCAAGUUAUUCUUCUUUAUUAUUUGGGAUUUCCACUUCCUCAUUCUAAUAUUAAUUUUAUUCCUGAAUCAGUAAAAAGACAUUUAAAACAAGAAAGAUUGAAUUAUUUAAAUAAAAGUAGAAGAUAUGGGAUAUAUGCAACCAAAAAUGAUUCAAGGAUACCUUACUCUGCUGGAGAUUUUGGCAGAGAUAGUGAAUUAAUAGAUCCAGUUAUUGGAGAAAAGGUUGAUUCAAAAGAUGAUAGUGAACAAAAUAAGGUUUUAUUGUCUGAGAAUAUUAUAUAUUCAAUAAUAACAAAUCUAAUCAAGUAUACAAGUUUAUCAUUAGAGUGGAUAUUUAAAGGAUUAAAAGAUCAGUCAUAUGAUAGUAUACCUAAUAUUUUUGAUAGGUACCAAUUUUUAUCUUUAUUAAAAUUACCAAAAUCUCAUUUUGAAAAGAUCAGACAAAUAAUAUUUGAAUACCGUCUUUCUUCUUUUAAUAUUGUCAUUCAUAAUGAUAAUAUUGAUAUUCUAAAGUUGAGUAUUGAUAAUACUAGAUGCCAGAUUAAGUUUCCUGAACAGAUAUCAUGUAAACUUGCAGGAGUGGUUAGUGCAAUAACUCAUGAUCCUAUAAUGGAUUGUAUGAUCACAAUAGUACGUCCUUUCCCAUAUACAUUGGAAAUGUCUUUAUCUAAACAAAAAGAGAAUUUUGAGGGAAAUAUAGUGAAUUACAAAAAUAUUUCACUUUCAGAAAUAGAUCUUGCUAAUUAUUACUUAUCAUCAAGAUCUUUAUUAGAUUUGAGUCCAAUACUUGAGGUUGAUUUUUGCACAGAAUCAAUUUCUUUGGAACUUACUUCAGGAUUUCUUCAGAACCUUAGACUUAUUUUAAGUGAUUUAAAGAAUCCUCAUCUUCUUGGAUUAGUUCACGCUUAUGAGAGGAGAAUCAAUUCUGUUAGGAUAAUUAAUGAUAUUGGCCAAUCAUUUUUAAUUAUUCAACCAGUAUCUGUUUUAGUUUAUAAUAGGGAAAGUAAUGAUAAAGAAUUAAUGGAAGAAGAAUCUACAAGAAAAGGAAAGAUUAAAAAAAGAAAUAUGAGAGAAGAGAUUAGAGGACUUAGAAAGUUCUUUUUGAAAUCAGGAGAUUAUUGUACUGUUUCUAUUAAACUUCCAGUUUACAUGGCAGUUGAGAAAUUUACUCAUAGAAAAGGUCAGAAGACAGCUGCAAGGAUACAGGCUAAUAGAAACAGUGAUUAUAACAGAAUGGCAUUUAGUUUGAAGAAUCAAUACCAUAAUAAUAAUCGCUUGUUGCAUAUAGAUGAUCAUGAGCAACAUUUAAAUGGGUUUUUGAAUAUAACAUCAGCUACAAUGAAUGGUGGGAAAAUUGAUUAUAGAAAGAAAGUAAAAGAUGAGAAAGAUAAUCAUGUGAUUAAUUUUGAAAGGCUAUUAGACAAAAGGGGAAGGGAUUUGGAUAGUUUGGAGACAAAAAAUGAGAAAAAUCUCAAAAAUAGCUCAGGCGUGAUUUUGAGUGACAUAGUGAAUGAAUUAUGUACAUUAGGAAUUCCAAAGAGGAAAAAGAAACUAGGAGUAAAGUAUUUAUGGCUGGAAGACAAAAAGUCUGAGCUACUAUAUGGUUCAACAGGAUUAGCAGAAUCGGAAUUAAGACAACUUGCAGAACAGUUAGAGUUAACUACUCCAGCCUUAGGGAUGGCUUCAGAAGGGGUAGAAAUGAUGAUUCACAGAUUUUUAAUAUCACAAUCAACAUGGUCAUCAAUUGGAAAGUUAAAAGAUGAUACUUUAUAUAGAAGAGCUUACAGGCUUGGAAUUUUGGGAUUUCUUUUAGUUUUAGAACCAGAAUCUGGUACUUCUCCAAAUGAAUGGAUUUGGACAUUAGGUACAUGUGUACAGAUAGAGAAUGCUACAAAUACAGUAUUUAGAGUUACAGCAAACUGGAGGCAUGGAAUUAGGCAUUUAUGUGGUGCAAUUUUCACUGAGCCUUCAAAAAGGAACAAAGAAAAGGAGUAUAGUUCAAUGGAUAAUCAGCAUAAUCAUAGAAACGAUUUAAUAUUCAGUAAGAAUGAUAACUUGAAUAAUGGUAUUGGUACUGAUAUUAAUACUGUUGGUACAAAUAAACAAUAUGGAGUUAAAUAUAAAGGAAAUGAGAGAAAAGAUCACGAUAGUUCUUCAAAUCGUUAUUUCCCGUAUAUAGACAUCCCUCCAUAUUCAAGAAGAUCUAUUCCUUUGUCUUGGUUUUUACUAAGUGAUAUGGAGCCAAGUAUCAUUCCUAUUUUAGAUUAUAAUGACAUAGAUGACUAUGAUGAUGAUAAUGUUGAUGAAAAUGAUCAUCACAUUCACAGCAAUGAAGAGAAUAUAAAGAGAGACUUUAGUUAUAAAAGCUUUGGUGAGGAUGAAGAAAUAGGUGGGUCAGUUAAUAAUGGAGGUAGAUUAAGGAGCCAGAAUGAUCAUAAUGAUAAGAAAUUUUUCUCUUCCGUGAACAAGCAAAAACAUAUUCACAAGAAUAAGAACAAAAACAAGGACACAUCUGAGGAUUGUGGAGCUGGAACUGGAGCUGUGACCGGAGCUGGAGCUGGAGCUGGAACCGGAGCUGGGGCUAGAAAAAAAAUCCCAGUAGACAAAAAGUCUGUGAAAAGAAUCCAGUCCAGGCUACAUUCAAUCCCAUUCACAAUAUUGAAGAUGCUUAUUCAUGAGAUUAUGGCAACUCAACCUGGUAAUGUUACUAAGGCUAAGCUGGUAAAUGAGGUUUCCUCACUUACAUUCGAGUCACUUAUGGCUUUUAAUUGCCAGGUAGAGUGCAUGGAUAUCCCAACAUCAGAUAAAUAUGUUACCAGCUACUCAUAUUCUAUUAAACUUACUCCAUUCCUUAAGCUAACUAAUUCCUUACCUUUUCCCAUCCAAAUUCGUUUGAAAAUGGCGGGCGGGCUCAAUUUGCCCGCCCUUGUGGGAGCUGUGCAUGACAAAGUAGAGUUUGACAUUCCAAAUAUGGCAGAUUUUACAGAGAACAGAUUGAGAUCAUUAGGUUUGUUGAAUAGUCCUUCUUUACCUUCUGUUGCUAUUCCGAAUGGUUCUUUAACUACUGGUGAAUUUGGAUCUAAGUUUUGUUCUGGGGAUUGGAAAAGCCACUCAGUUAAUAAGAAUAGUGAUUCUAAUUAUAGUCGCUUAAGGCGCGUUUAUCAGCGCGAAUUUGCUGCACUUAUUCAAUUUUUGAGUGGCAAAUCUGUGGAUUAUAUAAUUCAAUCACAACAAGAAUUGGAGCUUCCAAUAUGCAGACAAAAGAUCAACUUGGUAAUUUAUGUGAAUGGAAGUCCUUUGGAAUACUGUAGUUACCCAUUAUUCACAAAUACCCAUGAAUCUACAGAUUAUAUUCAGUCUUGUAAUGCUCAAAUUAGUGAAUUUAUUUAUAGAUCUGAGCAUAUAUCUAUAUCAUUUCCAUUUGGAAGCACUAUUUCACAUAAUGUAAGCUUACGUCGGGUUUCUGGAAAUCCUUUUAAUGCUUGGAAUCCCUUUUAUAGCCAGUUAUUACAAGAAUUUUUUAGUAAUAUAGGAGAUUCUGGAAGAGAAAAACUUGCAGAUGCUAUUUCUAACUUUACUAUUAGUGUUUCAACUUCAACAAAAAGAAUUCUCUUUUCUGCUCUUUCUAGAGUAGAAAAUACGACAGAUUCAAUUAUUUGUCUCUUUUUUAAUGAUAUUACGAAUACAAAUAAUUCUAAUAAUAUAAACAGUAACAAUGGUAUUAUUAGAAAAGAAGGAGUCAUCAAAAUAAAGAAUGCUAAUCACAAUAAUAAAUUGAUGGAAGAACAAGAGAAACAAGAACAAGAGAUUCUAGAUUUAGAAAAAGGUUAUGAAGAAGGGUUGAAAGGACAAGUAGAAGUAGAAAAAGAUGAUAAAAAUGAUAUAUAUUCAAAAAUGGAUAGAAGUGAGAUCGUAUCUUUGUUGUCUACAAACUAUAAGAUUGUUCCUCUUCCUCCAAUGUAUAGGUUUUUUACAUCUUUGGAAACCUUAAAAAACAUGAGAAUUGGGUCAUUUACUUUGGAUUUUUUUACCAAAAAUUUGAGGAUCACUACUAGAGUUAGAAAAGGAAGUAUUUCAGGUUGGACUGAGUUUAAUAAGAUGGUCUCUAGUAAUCUCCUUAUAAAUUAUAUCUCAAAACUCUCUUCCAAGUAUGAUUUUUCCUAUUUAGGUACAAGUUACUCAAUUAAGUUACCUUUAAAUCCAAUUUCUGAAUCAAAGAAACAAAAUAAGGAAGAAGAACAACAAACAGUUUCAAUUGGAGUUAUUACACAUAACAAUGAUCUACUUUCUCAGCUUAACUGUCCACUUGUAUCAUUUUAUAACAAAUAUGAAUUUGUAUCACAACUUCCAUUCCCUAUAGUUAUUCAUAAAUUCACUAAUUCAAAAGAAAUGCACCAAACAAUAAGGACUAAACACUCUAAACCAUUAGAUCUAGAAUCUGAUAUGAGAGAUGCGAGCAUUAUUUUUUUCAGAAAUAGUAAGGAAGCUGAAGAUUAUGAUGGAAAUCAUUAUGAAAAUGAUGAUCAUUUGAAUAAUGGUAGUAAUAAUCUUAAUCAAAACCAGAAUACAGCUUUUGGGGGUGAGAAUUUAGUUAAAGACCAGAUUACUGGAAACCUGGAUUCUUCUUAUAUAUCUAGAAAAUUUGAAUCUAAACCUCAAAAAGCAAGUAAAAGUAAGAAAAAAUAUCACAGAUUUAGCUCCAAAGACCUCAAACUACCACCAAAAACAUCAUUAUCUUGUGAUGGUGUUUUGUUAAGACCUAAUGAAAGAAGACCUUAUCACGGGAAUGAUCCAAAUGUUUGGAUUUGUAAGCCUAUUAUUGAAGGCAGUUCAGAACCUUUACAAGCUUCAAAGGAGUUUUCCUUAUUUUCUGGUCACAAACUAGAAUAUACACCUCAACUUAAUAAGUUCCAAAUAAUACUCCAUCCCCAGCAGAUAUAUCCAAACCAUCAAAAACAUGAUCACCAUUCUACAAUUGGAACAAAUCAAACAUUAUCAUCAGGAACACAUUCUACAGUUGGUAAUUCUAAGUCUAUUCAUCAAACACAAACAAUUGGAAGUGGAGGUACCACUAUAACACAGAUUAAUGCUUCAAAUCCUCUUACUACAACAUCCGCUUUAAAUGAAUUAGAAAAUAAGAAUCCAUUGUUAAUUACUAUUCAAAUAAUCCCAGCAAUCUUGGGUAACACAACCUCAGGAUCAACAAGCCUUAGAGACUCAGCUUAUUUUGUGAUCUUUUCUGUAGCUGAAGCACCAUUUUUUGAAAUAUGCAAUCUCUCAAACUAUUAUAUAGCUUAUGACACUCCAGAAAUCAGCAAAUCUCAUAAUUACUAUUACAGAUCUAAAAAAGCAGUAUUGGAAGCAGUCAGUGUAGGGACAUCUCAACUAGAGGAUUUUUCUAGAACAAUGACUAAUAAUAACAAUGAUAGAAAUUCAGCUAAUGGAGUAUUAAAUCAAAUCAAAUCAAAGAAAAAGACUUAUGUUAAUCAUACAUAUGGUACUGGUUAUGUUUAUCCAGAUAUAUUUUCAGCAAAGAGUGCAGACAUAAGCGUGAUACCACCAAAGACAAGAAUUCCAUAUAUUCCAAAGAAUUGGGAUUGUGAAUUUGUUGGAAUCAGACCAUUUAAUGUAAGAAAGUCUGCUUGGACUACUCAUUCUGUUACUUCUAUCAAAGAUCAGAUUAGUGUAAUUUCUUUUAUUAAACUUAAUGAAAAGAUCACAAAAAUGAAUUCAAAUCAAAUCAAUGUUAAACAUUUAAGUGGAGUUAAUCAAAGCCAUAAUCAGAGCCAAUUACAAGAUUCAAAAAUAUCCAAUAGAUUUCAGAAUCCAUUUACUUCAAUGAAUAUCGUUUCUAACACUGGUUUAAAUAGUAUGCAAAGUAAACCUAAAACUGGAAAACUGUAUGUAUUUUUAAUGGUAAAUUCUAAAGGUACCAGAGUAUUAACUAUUAUGGAUAGUAGAAAAUAUGCUGAAAAGCUUUUAAAUGGAAAUAUACUGAGUACAUCAAAUAGCUCUUUUUGGGACUCAAAUAUUGAAAAUCUUCUAAGUUUGAAUUCUAAUCAAUAUGGAACCAAUGAAGAAAAUGACAAAAGAAUUAGAAAAGAUGUUAAAGAUCAAAUAAUAUCUAAACAAAUCCAAAGUGAGAAUGGCUUUGAAGCAGACUUUAAUCCAAGAAGAAAAUAUCAAAAGACUAACCAGUUACCAUCAGUAAGACAGAGUAGAAAUUUAAGUAAUAUUAAUAGUACUGAUACAAAAUCUCGAGACAAUUUAAGAGAGAAUGCUUAUACAAAUGUUAUUUCGAAUAGUAGUGGUAAUAAGUUAAUCUCAGGAAGAUGGAGAAAGAUUUCAUGUAUUGGAUUCAAAGUAUCUUUCUUUAUUCCAAGAAUAAGUAUUUCUUGGAUUCACCAAAAUGAGCUAGUUUUAGUAACUCAUGGAUCACUAUUUCAUGUCUCAGCAAAUAUUUUACCUCAAAAUAUAUAUCCAAUGUCAGUUAUGAAUAUAGUAUGUGAUUCAUUAAUGAAUAUAUGUUACAAAUUGGUAGGAUUUUCUGAAAAUAAGGACUACCAUAAGAAUCCAAAGAUUGAUUCUAAAAUUGAAAAGUUAAGAAUAAUAAGUCAAGAUCAUUUGAAUAGUAAUAAAGCAUCCAUCUCUAAUCAAAAAAAGAACAUUAUGGCUUUAUUUACAGAUAGAGUGAAUAAUUUAUUUAAUAAUACUAACAAAAAGAAACAAAUCUUUGGUAAAACCAUACAAUUGGAUGGAGACAGUGAUUCUCAAUUGUUAUAUAAUAACUCAGGAGAACAUAACAGGAUUGAUUAUAUUUGGAGAAAAGGACACAAAAUUAAGAAAAUGUUAAUGAAUCGUCUAUUAAAUGGUGAGAAUAAUGAACAUAUAAAUAACUUUAACACAGAAUUGGAUGAAGAAAAUUAUGAGAUUCAGAAGAAACAAUCAGAAGGGAUUGGAAGAGAAGGAGAAGAAGUAGGAGAAGUAGGAAGAGAAUUAAUGAGCAUAUAUACUGGAAGCAAUAUUUAUUCGCAUGAUAUUAGAAAUACAAGAAAUAAUAUGAGCUUUCCAUCUACUAGUUAUAAUUCUUAUAAUAAAGGCAUGUCAAGUUUAAAUGAUAUUUCUGAAGAAAGACAGUUUGAACUACUUAGUGAAAAUAUAAAGGAGAUUUAUCAGUUUUUAAGUAGAAACUUAAACUCUAUUGGUGGAUCAGUUUCACCAAAAGAGAAUCCAACUUUGAAUAAUGUAUUAAAGUUAUUGAGAAAAGUUUAUAAGAAUUGUGUUAGUAACGAGAAGUAUAUAAAAAAAAAACUGAGUUCUUCAAGAUUUUAUGGAGAUGAGGUAAAUGAAGGAGUUGAUGAUGGAUUAGUAUCUUUAAGAUCAGAAUUUCGAACUUCAAUUGUAGGAACUUUAGACCAGUUAUAUAAGGAUAAUGAUGAGACAGACCAUUUAGGUAAUACAUAUGAUCAAGAUCUAAGCUUGAAAUACUAUGAGAUUUAUGAUGGAGUACUGAUUUCACUUAUACAUAUUGUAGUUUUAAUUUCAAAUUAUAUGGAAGAAACUUUACUUACAAGUGGAAAAAUUAUUCUUAAUUUAGGACUUUCUUCAAUUCAUAUUGAUCAUUUUUUGCCAGGAGAUAUUCCAGUAAUAUUAAAGACUUCAACAAAUAACCAAAUUUCAGAUAGAACAGAAAGUAUAAGACAAAUUAAAGAUUCAGAAAUGAAAGAUUAUGAUGGGAAUGAAAAUUUGAAUAUUAAUUUGGAAUAUGAUAAACAAGAAGAAAAGUUAGGAAAAAGUAAUAAAGAGAAAAAAAACAAUAUAAAAGGUGGAAAUAAUAAAAAAUUAAAUUCAGUAAAUUUAAGAGAUUUGAAUGAAGAAAAUAUAAUAGAAAAUGAAAUAAAUGUUAUUAGUGAUGGUGGUGGUGAUGAUGAUCUUGGAUAUGAAGAAUUUGGAAGUAAUUCUGAGGACUUUAUGUUAAAAUACUCAAAACAUAAUGGUAAUUUUGAUGAUAAAAUAGUGAAUAUAAAUAAUGGGAAAAAUUUGGAAAGUAAAUUCUUUUCAUUAACAAUAUCAAGAUCCUUAAUGAGUCCAAUGUAUGCUCCAAUAUUUGAUGAAAUUAAUAUUACUGUAUCUCAAAUAUGUUGUAAUUUAGAAAGGCUUGUUGUUCAAACUUUAUAUUUUAUGAUUUCAAAAGAAAUUGAGAAUAUGAAUAAUAUAACAUAUUCAAGACAAAAGACUUUGUGGAUGCAUUCUAGUAGACAAAAGAUGGUAAAGAAAAAAAGUCAUAGAGAAAUGAAUUAUUUGGGAUCUCUUGUAUGUUAUGUAUCAGGAGGAUAUGGACUUCCAAUGUAUAUUACUAGAACUCCAUGGGAUCAACUUAAAAUAGGAAAACCUUUAUAUAUAAGAACAUUGAAAAUUAGUGAUAUUAUAGUAACAAUUACUAUAAGAACUUCAGAUGAUACAAUAGAUAUUGAUACAUUAACCCCAGAAGCUUUAUUGUUUAUGAAUAUAUUACCAUUAGAUACUCCACAUAUGAUAUUAAAUGUGAAUUCACUGAAUAAGAAUGCAUUAGUUGUUGAUAUUGCAGAAUUCUUUCAUUUUUUGGUUUCAUCUUAUUCAAGACAGUUAAAAAGAAGAGUACUUCCUUCUUUAGGAGUGACACAUUUGGUAGCAAUAUAUUCAGGUAUUAAAAGAGGAUUCAAGGCAUUGUUUAUUGAGAUUAAGAGGGGUGUAACAGAUGAUGAUUUAACUUUUGUGGAAGGAUUUAUUCAAGGAUUUAGAGUUGGUUUGAUUCACUUUUUCAGAUAUUUUUUAGGAGGAGCUUUUCAGACAGCAUCUGUAAUAUUUAAUUUUGGUCAUAAAUUACUUGGAGGAAGAAGGCCAAGACCAAAAAGUAUAUUGGAUGCUAUUUGGAAUGGUAUUGUUGGUAUGUUUAUGGACACUUUCAUUACACCAUGGAUAUUGUUAUAUAGAGAUCCUACAGAAAGUUUUAGAAAAACGAAUAAAAAGAGUUUAUUUAUAUUAACACUUAUAUUUUCAAUAAUUAGAAUAGCACUUUCUUCUUUGUUUGGAGCUUUGAAUUUGCUUGCAAGUAUUACUGAGAGUUUAGCAACUACAUUAAUUGGAGACUUUGAACAGUUUGUUCACGUGAAAUCAAGGGCUGAACUAAUGAGUGAGAUUGAGAAAGACCGUAUUCUGAGUCAGGGAAAAGAGGAGAAGAAAUUUAUGGAACACAAUACGGAAGACCAAGAUUUUUCAGAUUUUGAGUCUGAUAAGGAGUGA